AGGGAAAAUAACAGCGCAACACAGUCAAGAAAAACGUUCAAAAUUCUUCUUGCUCCUUCCACGCGAGAGAGACACACACACCCAGAGGUAGAAAAAUGAGUGAAGAAGUAAACAACAAGGAGAACGUGGUGACUAGUGGAGGCGGAUUAACGGCGGAACAGAAAGCUCGAAUUUCUUCUAAGUUCAGAGCUGCUAAGGCACUUCUUGCUCGCAAAAGGCCACUCAAUGAUUCCUCCACCACUUCCCUUCAAUCCCUCAAUAAAUUUGGGAAGUCUCAGAGAACUGAAUCCUUGCAUCGGAUUGAUGGUGAUGAAAGGUUUCCUCUUACUGAGAUUCGGAUGAACACUCCAUCACCCAUCUCCGAGAAGGAUUCUAAAAAAAAGCUCAGUGGUUGUACCAGUGUAAAGGGCUCACUAGUCAGUGAACUUGAUAAAAACAUCAAUGGAAGAACCAAGUGUGGGACACCAUUUCAGUCAAUUGAAACUUUCACGUUUUCUAGUGACAGAAGUGGAUCAGUCAAAGCUAGACUAAGUGAAAAUGUAGAUAGUGUUCAAGUGGAGACCAUGGUUGGGUUAGAUAUGUAUAAAACUCCAGUGAGGCAACCUGGAUUUUGUGGGUUGAGUGAGUCAUCUUUGUCAUCUACUGUUCUAGAUGAUGAUUUUGAUGAACACAUUUUGGACAAAAUAGAUGCUUUAUGUGAGCAAAAGUCAAAAGGAAAGCCUGAAAUGAACAGGUUCAACAAUGAGCCAAUUGGAAACCAACACAUAAACAACUUGGAUGAGGAGGAUAACUUCAAUCCCGUUGUUUCUAGUGACAGUUCAGGUCAUGAAUGCAAUCAAGAAAGUGAAGCAGAGAUAUCAAAGAGCAGCGAACCUGAUGAUUUAAAUCUUGUUAGCUCAGAUGAAACACUUAAACUUGAGUGCGCUCUGAAUUCAACUGGUAAUCAAGAAUGUGAAAUAGAGGAGCCAAAGAGUUCCAAGGCUGCAGAUACUCAGAGCAAGCUAGAGGCAACAGAUAUCAGGAACAUGCCUGAGGAUUAUAUAAAGUAUGUAGAGUCCCUAAAUGACAGACAGCAGGAAGCCGCUUGUAGUGACAUUUCAAUUCCUUUAAUCAUUGUCGCUGGACCAGGAAGUGGCAAGACAUCUACAAUGGUUGGGCGAGUCCUGAUGCUACUGCACAAGGGUAUUGGUCCGUCAAACAUUCUUGCUAUGACUUUUACGACAGCGGCGGCUUCUGAAAUGAGGGAGAGAAUUGGAAGAGUUGCAGGGAAGACAGCAGCAAAAGAGCUCACAAUCAGCACGUUUCACUCGUUUUCUUUGCAGCUCUGCCGCACACAUGCUGAGAAGUAUGGAUAUCUUGACUUGGUUCCUAAAUAUCUAAGCAGUAACAAUGAAAGAAAGUGCAAUGCUAUUAUGGUAGAAAGGUUUAUGUUGGGAUUGAUGGCCACUUUGCGCAGUUUUUUCAUGAAAUUAGCAUUUGUCUUUGCUGUCAAAAGAAUGUUCUUAAAGGUGUUUUCAAGGUGCACGAGCAAGGCAAAGAAAAAUUGCCCUGAUGCGUCCAGGGAAAGGCUUUAG